AUGGCGCAUUCUUCCAAAGAAUUAAUACAACCUACGAUUAUUUCGAGCCCGCAGCUGAAACCAAAACCUGACAAUGAUUUCGUUAAAUCUCUCUCGCAUCUGGUCGCUGGAGCUACCGGGGGCGCCAUUACUGCGGUUCUCACAUCACCACUUGAUGUCCUGAGAACUCGAUUACAAUCUGACUUUUACCGCCCGGUUCUCUCGUCGACCGCCAGCCCCAAGCCCAUGCAACAGCCAGCCUUUCAAGCGUCUCGUCCUAUGCUAGGUCAUAUUCGCGAAACUUUCCAGAUACUAUUUUCGAUAUACCAUGUUGAGGGCUGGCGUGGGCUAUUCCGAGGACUUGGGCCGAACUUAACUGGUGUUGUACCAGCCAGUGCCAUUAAGUACUACACUUAUGGGAACGUCAAACGCAUAAUAGGCGAAUCGCAGAUUUUCGGGCCGAAUAGCGAGAAUGCCAUGGGCUGUCACAUAAUUUCAGCUGUCACUGCAGGCAUAACCACCGGAACUCUCACGAGCCCGAUUUGGGUGAUCAAGACACGUCUUCAACUUGACAAGUCACAGUCAGCAAACAGUCCACAAGCUGCCCCGAGACGAUACAAGAACAGCUUUGAUUGCGCAAGACAGGUCUUGCGGCAAGAAGGCCCUAGAGGACUAUAUAGGGGACUCUCAGCAAGUUACUUGGGAAGCUUAGAAACAACAUUCCAUCUUGCACUCUAUGAGCAGUUAAAAAUGCUCAUAGUGCGGAUGAGGUCUAACCAGGAUGAGCCUUGUGCUCGUACUACCGGGAACAAAACCCUUGGGGAUCGAUUGUCUGGCUUGUUGGGCAUGGGUGGUGCCGCCGCACUUUCGAAAUUCCUUUCUUCUAUUAUUGCAUAUCCACAUGAGGUAAGUAUCGAUAUAACCUUUGGUGAGACAAGACAGGAAGUCCAAGUUAACUAA